AUGGCAUACAACAUUACUGUCCAUACCACCAACAACUCGGGUGUGGGCUUCAGCAUCGUUGAAAAGACGCUAUGGAAUAAAGGGAUAUGGUCUAGCCGAGACGGUGUUCAGCUGCUCAGUUUGAGCGAGAGUGGCGCAUCGGGGAUGCUGCGCUACAGGAACAAUGGGACCGGCGAAAGUUUCAUUGUGGCACUUGGUAUACAUCAACGCACGCGAUGGUGUGAUGUCAUAAUGGGGCUUGAUCCCAAGGACACUGCAACUCCCAGGCAUGCAUUGUACUACGAGCUGGGAAAAGCAGAGAAUCAGACCAAGCGGCAAUUGCAUACGGCAGUUAUUACUGAACCGACCGCCACGGGGCGACAGGUCACAGUACAGUAUGGUAGCGAUCCGGAUAACUCUUACAACGUCAAUGUUACCAUUUCUGAUGUUGAAAUCUGA